UCCGCAGAGCAGGGUGUGUACCGCGGGGACGCUGCGUGGGCUGGAUCGGGGCUGGCUGGGUGUUUUUCCUUCAGCAGCAUCCUUCUGUAUCUUCUUCUAUCGCUUCAAUCCUGGAAAGAUGCUCGGGACGGAAGAGAGGAUGAAAAGCGGCUCGGAAUGACUUAAAUGGGGCGUGUUUCACUUGUUUUGCUGCUGUCAUCGCUGCCGCACCUGCCUGAAGGAGAGGAAUAACUGACUCAGCGCCGGAGGAUGCCUAUGUAACGCGGUCAGGAUAUCUACGACCAAACACUAAAUGAUAAAAAUGUCUACAGGAAAACACUGCGAGGCGGUCAGGGUGGUGGUCCGCUGCCGGCCGCUGAGCAGGAGAGAGGAGACAGCGGGGUGUGAGAACAUCUUAGAGGUGGAUGACAAACUGGGGCAGAUCACCAUCAGGAACCCGAAGGCACCACCUGAUGAGCCGAUGAAAGUCUUUACGUUUGACUCGGUGUACGGCUGGAACUCAAAACAAAGGGACAUCUAUGACGACGCUGUGAGACCUCUGGUGGAGUCUGUGCUCCAUGGCUUCAAUGGUACUAUAUUUGCUUAUGGACAAACCGGGACCGGGAAAACCUACACCAUGCAGGGCCUGUCAAAGGACCCGGAGAAGAGGGGCGUCAUCCCCAAUUCAUUCGAGCACAUUUUCACCCAGAUAUCCAGAAGCCAGAACCAGAAGUAUCUGGUGAGGUCUUCUUAUCUUGAGAUCUACCAGGAGGAGAUCAGAGAUCUCCUGUGCAAAGAUAACAACAAGAAGCUAGAGCUCAAAGAGAAUCCUGACUAUGGGAUUUAUGUGAAAGACUUGUCUUCAGUGGUGACAAAGAAUGCCACUGAGAUCGAGCAUGUGAUGAACAUUGGAAAUCAGUCCAGAUCUGUGGGCUUCACCAACAUGAACGAGCGCAGCUCCAGGUCCCACGCCAUUUUUCUUGUGACCGUAGAAUGCAGUGAAAGAGGUCCCGAUGGUGAGGACCACAUACGCGUUGGGAAGCUGAACAUGGUCGACCUGGCUGGAAGCGAACGCCAGAGCAAGUCAGGCGCAAAGGGGAAGCGGCUGAAGGAAGCAGCCAAGAUCAACCUGUCUCUCUCAGCGCUGGGGAAUGUCAUUUCAGCCCUGGUGGACGGCAGAAGCACCCACGUCCCAUACAGAGAUUCCAAGCUGACCCGCCUGCUCCAGGACUCUCUGGGUGGCAAUGCAAAGACUGUCAUGAUCGCAGCAGUGGGGCCAGCUCACAAGAGCUUCAAUGAAACCCUGGCAACCCUGAGGUACGCCAGCAGAGCCAAGAAGAUAAAGAACAAACCUAGGAUUAAUGAGGACCCCAAAGAUGCCCUGCUGAGGGAGUUCCAGCAGGAGAUUGCACGCCUGAAAGCUCAGCUAGAGGAGCAAGGGAUGCUGGCAAAAGAGAGGAGGAAGAGGAGGAGAGACAGCAAGAGACUGAGCAAAAGCAUGGCCGGUAUGGAGGAAGAAAUCCUUUGGGAGAAGAAUGGAGAUGUAUGGAAGAUGGCUGAGGAGGCAGAAGAUGGGAGGCAUUGUCUGAUUGUGGGAGGUGACAGUGCAAAUAUUCUGACCUGCCAGGGAAGCAGCGAAAAACUGAAGAACUUAAAUCUAAAUAGAAGAAGUCUGGGGGACAUGCAGUGGGAUCAAGAUGCACUGGAGAAAAUCAUAGAGAAAUACAAGGCUAUGGAGAGCAAAUUGUUGGUUGGUGGAAAGACUAUAAUUGAUCACACUAAUGAGCAGCAGAAAAUGCUAGAGCAGAAAAGACAAGAAAUCGCAGAACAGAUAAGAAGAGAGAGAGAGAUGCAGCAGCAGAUGAUGUUGCAAGACGAGGAAACCUUAGAAAUCAAAGAGACGUUCUCCUCCCUGCAGCAGGAGGUGGAACAUAAGACAAAGAAGCUGAAGAAGCUGUAUGCUAAACUCCAGCUGUUGAGGGGAGAGAUGAAAGACAUCUUUGAUGAACAUGUCACAACCAGACAAGAACUUGAAGAGACUCAGGAAGAGCUAACAAGAGAGCUCAAGUACAAAUAUCUCUUGAUCGAAAACUUUAUUCCGCCUGAGGAAAAGAACAAGAUUAUGAACCGGCUGCAGUUUGACAGUGAGGAGGAUCAGUGGUGGCUGCAACCAGUUAUUCCUUCAGAGAGUACACCCACUCAGGUCAAGAGAAGGCCUCUUUCUGCUAUGGGAUACAAGAGGCCAAUCAGCCAAUAUGCACAGAUGGCCGUUGCCACCGCUACUGGGACCCCAUUUAGAUACCAGGCAGAAAAUGUCAUGCUGUUGGAAUUAGACAUGUCCCCACCAACCAUGUUUACCUUAAACCUAAACGGUGAAUGCCUGGAGAGAGCCUUCACCCCCAGACUGAUGCCAGAUCUGCCAGUAAAUGUGCAAGCAAGAGGCGCCUCAUCGUCCUGUGUCAGGAGAUCCCAGUCCUGGUAUCAGGCCCCACAAGCAGCAUCUGUCACAUCAUCCUCAUCCUCCACUAUUCUGACAUCAGAACAUCAAAGCUGCUCCCCCUCUCAGAGGCAAAGACCAUCCUCUGCUGCAUAUCUUUCUCUAGGAGGACCACUUCAAACAAGCCCCUGAUUUCUGUUCUGUUGCAUAGUGCUGGCGUUAGUUUUGCAUGCCCCCCUGUUUAGAGAUGGAGAACAAAAACACAUCUAUUAAUUAGUUUUAUCAUUACUAUGAUAUUUUAAUUUGGGAGAUAAUUAAAAGUGGAAUAAUUUAACUGGAAAUAAUCUGUUAUUUUUCUUUUUCUUUUUUGGGCAUGGGUUACUUUUUUAGUGAUUCCUAAGCUUUGUUUUAUUUGACCAAGUAAUUUUUAUUUAUGUAGCAACUCUUACAGCCAUGAUAAAAAAUGUGCUUUUCUGCUUAAAGCUCCAGUAGGGAGUUCUGAGAAAACUGUGGACUUCGCCUUAAAGAAAAAUGAACAAGCACACCUUGCAGGUCCCUCCCCCUUGCUCUCUGCUGUGCUACAGCCCUCUCUUCACAGCUUCUCCCUCCACAGUGGAGCCUGCUGUGAAUGCGCAGGCUAGUAAACAGGGCCGCUGAUGAUGGCAGAUAAACAGCUGUGGCACAUUCACUGGUAGGGACAAAACAACAACGAUAUGCUUUUCCUUAUCAGCACAACGCCAUUAGCACAGCUGCAGCACACCUGCAAUCUUGAGCUUGAGCGACUGUAUGCGCUCUGCAGGGAAGGGGUGUGAGCAGCUCAUACAAGAGCCCGAUUGACACUGUUCUGAUUCCUCCUGGCUCUGAUUGGUUGGUUCUGACUGGAAACAGUGUAUUUCUGCAAAUGACAGUAGGACUACUGGGAGGAGCCAGAGGAGCUUGAUUUUUCCACACACUAUCUGUCUCAUAUUAUACAGUCAGAACAUAGUGACAGUUUUAACAAAUAUGUAAAAAAUCAAUUUUGACAAAAGUUACGUACUGCAGCUUUAAGUACUCUCAGAUCAACAACAUCGGAUGCUGGUCAUUUUGCCCAUUUGCCAUUUUGUUGCCUUGGCAUCUUUGGUAAUUUACUAUCCAACUUUUUCGGGAACGAAAUGUUGCAGUGUUAUAUUGAUUAUGUGUCAAAUUGUACCUAACUGAAGGGUGUUUUUUACCCACUUUGACAGCUGACAAUUUAAAUUGGUUUUCUAUAAUCUCCCUUUAAUUCCCCAUAUCCUAAAGUGCGUAUAUGAGUCCAAUAAAUACUAUUUUGCAGCAGGAGAUUGCUUAGAGUUAUUUUGACUUGUUUAGAAGUGAUAACCUGUCUGAUUUCAGAAGUGUCAGCUGACCUAUACAGGGUUCAUAUGCCCAAUUAAUAUAAAUAGUAAUGUAAAGUUUUCAGCAAAUAAUUUACAAUUAAAUAAAAUUCUACUUGAAAUGUUAGUAUUUCUAUAAACCCUUUUCCUCCAUAAUUCAUUUAAAUAUUUAACUACAAUGAAAAAUAAACUGAUUUGCCAUGGUUUAAAUAUGUGGGCAUUAAAUGAUUUGAUUGCUGGUAUGAAAUAAAACUAGUAAGGGACAAAAUGGGAGUACAAAUUGACAAAGGGGCAAACUGUCACACUGACACAUGAUUACGAUGUUUUAUUGUUUGAUCAACAAAUGCCAGAAAGCAAAUUUAAUGUGUGAAGAACCAAGCACAUAUUUGAUCACUUUGUUAUGAACUAAGAGGAUAGGUAGUAACCAUAUGCUGCUAAUUAAAUGCAUCUAAACAACAUCAGAAAGGCUGAUAUUCUCUAUAAAUCAUGUAUUAUUCAAAAGCAAUUUGGUGUGUAUGUGCGCAGUGCCUAAGUGGAAAUGUAUUAAUUGUAAUCUUAAAGAAGUAACUGUUGCUAUUGUCUAUUUAAAAGAUGACACAUCCUUCCCAAAUAACACAAUGACACAUCUAAACAAGCCCACAAAACAACUGGAACAAUGUCUAAUGGAUGUAUAACAACUGCCAAGCAUGGUGGUGGGGGGUUGAUGAUGUGGCCCUGCUUCUUGAAAUGUACAACUCAAAGAACAUCUGGAACAAAGUCUAUUCUUGCUUUAUCUGCUCCUUAAAAAUGUGUCAGUCAUUGGGUGAACCACACACUGCUCUUUGUAACAAAGUUAUUAAGAGGCACUCAAUGCUUCUGCAUUCUGCUUUAGUAUUUGUUUAAUAAAUUAAUAUUUAAACAGAGUUGCUGAUCUGUCACCAGAUUUUUUAGACCUAGUGAGCACCACUGUUUUUUAUGCAUAAUUACAUAAAAUCUUAGGAUUGAAAGUCUGUAUACUUACUCAUAUGAUUGUAGACAAAAGAAAAAAUGGCCAUGUCUUUGCCAAACACAUUUAGGCAGAUUGAAUGGGAAAUCAUCCUGAUGUAGCCUGUGUGCUUCAUGAUGUUCUGGCUAAUGUAAUUGUGAACCAAAAAUGUGAAGAAAGCUUGCAGUGCUGUCUUGAUUAGCUGCCUUACUUUUUCAUGAUUGUGAAAAGUCAGCUUGCUUACAUAUCAAAAUAAACACUGAAUAGUCUUGAACAACCUGCUUUUUUUUUUUUUGUUUGUUUAUUUUUUUUAAAUUUAAAGAUCUAUUUUGCACUUGUCUAAUGAGUCUCAUCAUAACUGCAAGCACCAGAUGUUUAAAGCCACUAUCCAAACGACUUGUAAAAUCACAGUUUGUCACCUACAGAACAUGUUAUGGUGUGUUUUACUAUUGAUUUUCCUAUGUUGUUGUAAAACAUCUUAUCAAGAUAAAACCCUGAUCUCCCAGAAAUAUA